AUGGAAGAAAAUAUUGAUAAAGAUAAAAUUAGUGAAAAUCUUUCAAAUGAAAAUGAAAACUCGAUUAUUAGUAAAAAUAUAAAUGAACCAGAGACUGUACAAGAAUCCACAGCAUCCAAUAAAGUUGACGAAGUGAAAUCUGAUGAAAAGAUAACAAUUGAGGAACCAGAACCUUCAAAUAAAGAAAAAACCGCGAAAUCAGACGAAAUGGAACUGAAAAUAGAUGCUAUUGAAGAUCCAGUAAAAGAUGAAAAUGCAACGGAACCAAUAACUGACGAUAAAUUUCAAGAAAUUACAGAUUUAGUUGACAGCAACAAAGAUUUAGUUCAAAAAGAUAAAGAACCAGCACAAAUUGAAGAACAAAAGGUUGAUAAGAUACAGCCAGAAAAAACUGUUGAUGAGCCUGACAAUUUGACAUCCGCUCAAACAUCAGAAGAACCAGUUAUUCACGAGGAAUUUAAAGUAAUCGAAGAAGAUCCUCAAAAUAAAAUUGAAACUUUAGAAAUUCCAGAAGAAAAUAUGACUAAACUUACUAUAACAUCUGAUAUAAAGGAAUGUCUUGAAAAUACUAAGGACGAAGAAACUCCUAAUUUAACCAAAGAAUCUCAGCCAGACGAAAGUGAAGCUCCUUCAACAUCAGAAGAGAAACUCCCUCCAACAAGAAAACUAAGUGACACACCAGAAGAUAUAAUUAACUUGCUUAAAAGCUUAUCGCCAGAAAAACUUCAAGAAAUUAAAAGCAAAGUACUUGAAAUAACCACAGACAAAAAGGACACAAGUCCUUUAAUUAAACCUAAAAUUGAAGAAAUAGAACCCGACACAAGUGAAUUAGUUCCAACAAUUGAGGAAGAACAAAAAGGUGAAAUAGAACAGGCAAAAGCAAAUAUUGAGGAACCAAAAAGUACCAAUGCUGAUGUUAUUUGCCUCGAUUCUGACGACGAAGAAUCAGAAAAUAGUCGAGAACCGCUACCAGAAAUUAAUAUACAGUCAGAAACAGCUAAAGAAGAAGAAGAAAAUAUCAAAUCAGCAACAAUCGAACCUGCAGAAUCUGAUAAUUUAAUUCAAGAAUUGAAUGAUGAAGAAAUGCAAGUUAAUGGCGAUUCCAUCAGUCGAUUAAAUUUAAAGGAAUGCAUUAAUCCCGAAUGUCCUCGAAAUAAGGAUGAUGAAUACUUAGAAAGUCCAUCAUUUGUUCUGAGCAUGUAUUAUAUUGUUAAAAAGCCAACUAAAAUUCAAUGGGUUUGUUCGACAUGCUACAAUGAAGCAUUAGAAACGUAUGAGGAACUUUGCUCGAAAUUUUUAAGCAAUGAUCCAUGGGUUAAAGUUAAGAUCCCUAAAAAACAAGAUCUCGUUGAAAUUAUUGAUUCUGAUGAGGAAGACGAAACAAGUGAAGCUGAACGAAAAUUAAGGAACGAAAAAGCAUUAAUAGUCUUCGAUGCGGAAGUAGAACAAGAAGUUGAGGAUAUAUUGACAGAUUUAACAACUAAAAUUGACAUUAAAAUGCAGAUUGAGGAAGAAUACAAGCUUAUUGAGUCAAAAAUCAAUAGAAAUGAAAAAUCUUUACAGGAAAUGAAUGAAGAGAUUAAAAUGCUAGAACGGAAAUCUUAUGUAUUGUACGACGAACUUUAUUCAUUCAACAGACCUAAAAUUCAACGAAGGCCCUCAUUAAAUUUAGAAAUUGAGCUCCCUGAUUCAAGUAAUUCGAACAAUAGACCUACUUCACUUUUGGACAGGUCAAAACCGGAAGUUUCAAUCACUCCAGUUAUUCGUUCAAAUAACAAUACAGGCGCACUUCCUCCAAAAGCUAUAAUGACACCAUCAGCAAUAGAAAAUGACAAAAUAUGCUACGCGAUUCGACAACGUGGAGUUCAAAUGCCACACUGGAUGCCAUGUCAAAUUAUCGAAGAAAUGUCUAAUCAGGAUGGAAAGAAAUUUAAAGUCAAAUUUUGUGACAAUUUGCCCAACUCAUUGACAAUUAUUAGUGGCAAGGAAGUCUCUUUAUCAGCAAUUUCAGAUAAACUUGAGAUUGGUGCACGCGUUAUUGCUUUAUUUCCUCGAUCUGUUGCUAGAAAUAAGCAUCAAGCACCACUUCCUCAAAAGAGGUAUUUGCCUGGAGUUAUUGGUGAGAAAUUAACACAGUACAAUAAGAGACGUUAUUUGGUAUUUUGUGAUUAUGGACAAGUCAAGUAUUGUUCCCCAAACGAAGUUCGAGAGAUCCAGGAAGUGUCUGAAAAUGUCUGGGAUGAUGUACAUCCAAAUUUAAGGCAGUUCAUUCGUGAUUAUCUGGAAAGUAAAACCAACAGAUCAAGAGCAUUGCUUAAUGUCCGCGUUAAUACACAAAUAUUGACAGAACGUGCUGGAAAUUGGCGUAAAACCAUCGUUCAAGAAGUCGAUUGCAGUUUAGUAAAGGUUUAUUUCACAGCUGAACAUGUCAGUGAAUGGCUUUAUCGUGGAUCUAAACGAUUGUAUACAAUGUAUCAACAGACACAAAGAACUCAAAGUAAUGCAUUUCAACGUAGAAAUGAUCCUGGCGCAUUCUCGUACAUAACAAUUGAUGACGAUGAAGGCACUCUUGAUUCCAGCAGUAAUGAAGCAAAGAAGAAUAUUGCUAAAAAGUCUACAGCUAAGCCACAACCACAAAUGAUUAUUCAACAGCCAGCAAUUUUACAACAACCAGCUAUGACACAAGCACCAAUUAUAUUAAAUGAUAGAAAUAUCUAUCUUGAAGAUCCAUCAGUUGUUGCCAAAGUUCGCCAUUUUACACCCAAAUCUGGAAUAUGUGCCAAGAAGUAUGUAAAGCAUGAAUGCUCAAAAAACUGUCUCCCAGCAUUGAAGAACGAUUUGUCAAGUUUCAGUCCAUUGUCGAAGCCACUAUUGUCAUGUUGGGAACGUCAAAUAGUGAGACAAAGAAAUUACAGAUUUGUUGUCUAUAAAGCACCUUGUGGACGACGAUUAAGAGACAUGAAUGAAGUAUUUAGAUUUUUAAAUACGUCUAAGUGCAUGCUUAAUGUUGACAAUUUUGAUUUUGAUCCAUCAAUUCAAGUUCUUGCUUCAUAUCAUGUCGAUAAAAAUACAUGUCCAUUGUUUAUUGAUGACAUAACGGAUGGUAAGGAAGGCAUGAAAGUUAAUUGUAUUAAUGCUUUCGAUAACCAAAGUCCACCGCCAUUAAUAUAUUCGGCUAGUCGCAUUCCAAUGAACGGAGUAAAUAUUAAUACAGAUCCAGAAUUUAUGUCAUGCUGUGACUGUACAGACGAAUGUGUUGACAAGAGUAAAUGUGCUUGCUUCCAGUUGACUAUUCGUGGAGCCAAAUACAAGAACUUGAUGGAAGAAGAUGAAGAGAACAUUUCAUACUUAUGGAAGAGAUUGUUGUCUGUAGUUCCAACAGGCAUUUAUGAAUGUAAUAGUCGUUGUAAAUGCUCAGAUCGUUGCUUAAAUAAAGUCGUUCAACAGCCAGUUCGUAUUAAGAUGCAACUUUAUCGUACAAAAGCUCGUGGAUGGGGCUUGCAGUGUUUACAUGAUAUUCCGAAAGGAACUUUCUUGUCUAUUUAUGCUGGAAACUUGUAUACUGAAAAGGAUGCAAAUGCAUUAUGUCAAGGAUUGGAUCAUGGUGAUGAAUAUUUUGCUGAACUGGAUUUGAUUGAGAAUGCUGAAAAUAGAAAGGAAGGAUAUGAAUCUGGUAUAGUCUAUCCAGAUGAGUCUGACGAAGAAAAAGAUUCAGACAGCGAUUACGAUGACAAGAAUGAUUCUCAUGAUUAUGAGGAUGGAGACUUUAUAUCAAAAACUAAGGCUUCAGGACAAAGGGAAAUUGUAACCAGAUCUUCGAGAACUAAUUUGGCUGAUAAGAACAAGAAUCCAGGAACAUCAACAGCCACAGUACAACGAACAAAUUCUGGAGAUUCUUCUGAUGACGAAAUGGUCAGUAUGAUUCCAGUUGAUACUAAUACUGGUAAUCUUGGAUAUCCAGAAGGAAUGAGAAUUCCAUUCCGUAAACUUUAUGGUCCGAAAGAGAAAGUUUACAUCAUGGAUGCUAAGCAAUGUGGAAAUAUUGGCAGAUAUUUUAAUCAUUCGUGUGAACCUAAUCUUUUCGUACAAAGUGUUUUCGUCGAUACUCAUGACUUGCGCUUCCCAUGGAUUGCAUUUUUUGCGCAGCGUCCAAUAAAAGCAGGAGAAGAACUAACUUGGAAUUAUAACUACGAAGUUGGAAGCGUUCCAUCAAAGGUUUUAUACUGCAAAUGUGGAUCAAAGAAUUGUCGUGGACGAAUCUUGUAA